GGCGUGCGCUCGGAGAGACGGCGCGACCUACGAUCGGCGGCCGCGGCCGCGCCAUGCCCGCGCUGGCCCUGCGCGACCAGCCGCUCGACUGCUCCAUGCGCCUGCGAGAACCCCAAGCUUGGCCGCCACCGCGCGCCCAGCGCCACGUGUCGGGCCGCGGUGACGUCACUGGCUUCUUCAACACACAGAUGGUGCUCGACCUUAACGAAGAGUCGGGCGAUCUCAUCAAGUCGCCCUCGCCGCCGCCCAGCCAUGAUGGAUCAGCCAGCGGCGAGGGCGAAGGCGAGGGCGAGACGAGCGGAGACGAGCGCGUGUCUCUGGCGCUGCCGGUGGCGCGCGCGCCCGCGCCGCACGCCGCCGCCGUCUCCGCCGCCUCAGCCGCCACCGCCGCCGUGCUUAGUGCGGCAGGCGCUGGCAAUGCUUUAGCUCAGUUGCAGCAUUUACUGCUGACUCAACACGGCGCACAUUCUCUACUUCUACACACACAAGUUCAGCAAGCCGUAGCGCAGGCUGCAGCGCAACAGUUGCAACAACUUCAAGCGCGAGCUAACGCCGGGCAGCCAACUGUCGACACGAGGUCACCGUCUCCGCGUGGUUCCCCGCCCGGCGCCGCUGCCUUCCUCACGCCGCACACGCCGGGCCCGGGCCGGGCGCGCUCGCCGCACGCGCACCACCACGCGCACGUGCACGCGCAUUCCCACACGCACGCGCACGCCCUGCACGUGCACUCACCUCAUGCGCAGACUCAGACCGGACACUCCCCGCUACAUGCGCACGCGCACAAGCCCCGCGCGCUUGACCCUGCUGACGACACAGCCGACCUCGAGGAGCUCGAACACUUCGCCAAGACUUUUAAACAGCGCAGGAUCAAACUCGGUUUCACCCAGGGCGACGUCGGCCUCGCAAUGGGCAAGCUGUACGGGAACGAUUUCUCCCAGACGACCAUCUCGCGCUUCGAGGCGCUCAAUCUCAGCUUCAAAAACAUGUGCAAACUGAAGCCGCUCCUGCAGAAGUGGCUGGAGGACGCGGAUUCGUCGCUGAGCGGCGGCGGCGGCGGCGCAUCGCUGGGCGCGGGGCUGGCCGAGGCUGUCGGCCGCCGCCGCAAGAAGAGAACCUCCAUCGAGUCCGGCGUGCGCGUCGCGCUCGAGAAGGCCUUCCUACAUAACCCCAAGCCCACCAGCGAGGAGAUCGCCGCGCUCGCCGACUCGCUCUGCAUGGAGAAGGAGGUCGUGCGCGUCUGGUUCUGCAAUCGUAGACAGAAGGAGAAGCGCAUAAACCCUCCGGCGGGCGAGGCAGGCGGCGCGUCGUCGCCAGGCGGUGGCGGCUCACUGCUCCCGCUGUCGCACCCCCUGCACGCGCUGCCGGCACACGCGCACGUGCUGCCGGCGCACGCGCACGCGCACGCGCACGGGCCGGCGGCGGCCGCGCACGCCGCGCUGCAGGCGGCCGCGCUGCAGCCGCUGGCGCUGCUGGCGCGCCCGCCGCGCGACUGACCGACACAUAUCUUGUAAAUACCGCCGCCCUGUACAGACUCACAGUGUACAUACAAUCUUAGUCCGCCGCGCGUCGCGCGCGUCUGCGACCGCACGAGCGACGCGAGACGGUAGACGCAGGGCGGACGAGCACUCCGCCGCCGCUCCGCUGGUCCGGCACCGGCCUGUGACUCGCAGAGACGUAACUGGGACGCGUUAGGGUGAGGGGGGCAGCCCCGUGGUGGGAUCGUGAUAAUGGAUGUGAAAUAUGUAUUAUCAUAAAUCUAGUUUUUUAAGUUGACAGCGAGGGACGUUCACGCUUAUGACGCCUCUAUUGGUACAGAAUGUUUAUUAAAAUACUUUGUAGGAUAAGCAUAACGUAAAAAAUUAAUAUUGGGUUCGGAAAGUCUCGAUCAUAUGUCAAUAACAAAUAACCACCAGUUCCUCGACGGUUUAGGCAAGAAUGUCUCGUUGGGUCCCGCCGCCCCUCUGACCCAACCCAGUUACGCCUGCAGCGACUGACAGACGCUCGGGGGAGUCCCGCAGGUCGCGCGCGACGCGUCUAGCUGUAAGCGAUAGCGUAGCGCAUUAGCUCGUAAGUUUAUAUUAUAAUGUGAAUUUUAUUUAUGUGAGGCGGUCUCCGCCGUGUACAGAACCCAUAUCACUUAGCGCAUAACGCGUAUGUAAGGUGGAUGUGUAGAAAACUAUCUAUAUGUUGUAAUAAAACAUGAUAGGUGA